GUACGCAUCAUCCAGAUUCAGAUCCAAGAUCGCCAACGCGCACUGGAAAGUGGGGGGAUCACCAUCACUGCCCCUUCUUGCAUUACUCUCCUUCUUCUUCGGCAUCUCUCUGAUCCUCGCUGCCGACGAGAAGCCGAUCAUCUGUCCAGACACUCGUUUGGACUUGCAAAGAUGCCUCUGAGACUUGAAAUCAAGCGCAAAUUUGCUCAAAGAUCAGAAAGAGUCAAAUCUGUAGAUCUCCAUCCAACAGAGCCAUGGAUCCUGGCAAGUUUGUAUUCCGGAACUGUGUGCAUAUGGAAUUAUCAGACACAGACAAUGGUUAAAUCUUUCGACGUGACUGAAUUGCCUGUUCGCUCAGCUAAGUUCAUUGCACGGAAGCAGUGGGUUGUAGCUGGAGCUGAUGACAUGUUCAUUCGUGUCUACAACUACAACACUAUGGAUAAGAUCAAAGUAUUUGAGGCUCAUGCUGAUUACAUUAGGUGUGUUGCUGUUCAUCCCACCCUUCCCUAUGUCUUAUCAUCAUCUGAUGAUAUGCUCAUCAAGCUCUGGGACUGGGAAAAGGGUUGGCUUUGCACUCAGAUUUUUGAAGGCCAUUCCCAUUAUGUUAUGCAAGUCACUUUCAAUCCGAAAGAUACCAAUACUUUUGCUAGUGCAUCCCUUGACCGUACCAUUAAAAUCUGGAAUCUUGGUUCUCCGGAUCCAAAUUUUACUUUGGAUGCACAUAUGAAAGGCGUAAACUGUGUAGACUACUUUACUGGUGGGGAUAAACCAUACCUAAUCACUGGAUCUGAUGAUCAUACUGCCAAGGUGUGGGAUUACCAAACGAAGAGUUGCGUUCAGACACUUGAAGGUCAUACACACAAUGUUUCUGCGGUUUCUUUCCAUCCAGAGCUCCCAAUAAUUAUUACUGGAUCUGAGGAUGGAACUGUUCGCAUAUGGCAUGCCACCACUUACAGGCUUGAGAAUACGUUGAACUAUGGCCUUGAGAGGGUUUGGGCUAUUGGACACAUUAAAGGUUCACGCCGGGUUGUAAUCGGUUAUGAUGAAGGAUCCAUAAUGGUGAAACUUGGCCGUGAAAUACCAGUAGCUAGUAUGGAUAACAGCGGAAAAAUUAUUUGGGCUAAACACAAUGAGAUACAUACUGUAAACAUCAAGAGCGUUGGCACAGAUGAGGUCACUGAUGGUGAGAGACUGCCUUUGGCUGUUAAAGAGUUAGGGACCUGCGAUCUUUAUCCUCAAAGCUUGAAGCACAACCCUAAUGGUAGGUUUGUGGUUGUUUGUGGAGAUGGUGAGUAUAUCAUCUACACUGCCUUGGCUUGGCGAAAUAGGUCAUUUGGCUCUGCGCUGGAAGUUGUUUGGUCAUCUGAUGGGGAGCAUGCUGUCAGGGAAAGCUCGACAAAGAUCAAGAUCUUCAGCAAGAAUUUCCAGGAAAAGAAGACUGUGAGACCUACUUUCUCAGCAGAGCACAUUUUUGGUGGGACAUUAUUGGCAAUGUGCUCAAGUGAUUUUAUCUGCUUCUAUGAUUGGGCUGAAUGUCGGUUGAUUAGGCGAAUAGAUGUUACUGUCAAACGCGACAUUGUUUCCUCUUAUUUUGAUGGCGGUAAACAAAUUGAUGAGGAAGGCAUUGAGGACGCAUUUGAGCUUCUCAAUGAAACCAAUGAACGUGUUCGGACUGGCUUAUGGGUUGGAGAUUGUUUUAUCUAUACCAAUUCGUCUUGGAGGCUUAACUACUGUGUUGGUGGUGAGGUAACAACAAUGUAUCAUCUGGACCGUCCUAUGUACUUGUUGGGUUAUCUCGCUAAUCAAAGCCGGGUUUAUUUGAUUGACAAAGAGUUCAACGUUAUUGGUUACACUUUACUUUUAAGUUUGAUCGAGUACAAGACUCUUGUGAUGCGUGGAGAUUUGGAACAGGCUAAUGAAGUCUUACCUUCAAUUCCUAAGGAGCAUCAUAAUAGCGUGGCACACUUUCUGGAAUCACGUGGUAUGAUAGAAGAUGCUCUAGAAGUAGCUACUGACCCUGAUUACAGAUUUGAGUUGGCGAUACAGCUCGGUAGAUUGGCAGUCGCGAAGGACAUUGCUGUAGAGGCACAAAAUGAGUCUAAAUGGAAGCAACUUGGAGAAUUAGCUAUGUCCACUGGGAAGUUGGAUAUGGCUGAGGAAUGCAUGAGGCAUGCUAUGGAUUUGAGUGGCCUGUUGUUGCUUUAUUCUUCAUUGGGAGAUGCAGAUGGAUUGAUGAAACUGGCAGCACUUGCUAAAGAGCAAGGAAAGAACAACGUCGCUUUUCUUUGCUUGUUCAUGUUGGGUCAAGUAGAAGAUUGCCUGCAUCUGUUGGUGGAAAGUAAUCGGAUACCUGAAGCCGCUCUGAUUGCACGAUCGUACCUUCCGAGCAAGGUCUCUGAAAUAGUGGCAUUGUGGAGAAACGAUUUGACCAAGAUAAGUCCAAAGGCUGCUGAAUCUCUGGCUGAUCCUGAAGAGUAUCCCAAUCUCUUUGAAGACUGGCAAGUCACCCUGUCCCUUGAAAAUAGAGCUGCAGAGACAAGGGGCGUCCACCCUCCUGCUGGGCAGUACUGUAGUCAUGCAGACAGAGAUCGUACAACUUUGGUGGAAGCUUUUAGAAUAAUGCAAAUAGAGGAAGAGGGGCGACUAGAGCAAGGGGAUGUUCUCAACGAGGUUGGGGAAGAGGGAGAAGAGGGAGAGGGAGAAGAAGAGGAGGAGGAUCAUCAGGAAGAGAGUAGUGAUGGGAGGCAACAGAAUGUGGAAGAAGAGGCUGUUGUGGUGGACGCUGACUCUACGGAUGGGGUUGUGCUAGUAAAUGGGAACGGGGUUGUGCUAGUAAAUGGGAACGAGUCUGAAGAACAGUGGGUUCUAACACCGCCACAGGAGUAGGGUUGGGGAAGACAUACAUAUAUUCAUGGCUUUGAAACUUGGUACAUUCAACAGAGAACUGAGGCAGCAGCAGUGAGAGAGAGAGAGAGAGAGAGGGGUAGAGAUUAGUUACCAUUGUUAAAAAAGGAUCUAUUAUCUGCUUCCGCAUUGUGCUCUUUUGAUAAAACAUUGGUAAUAUGGGUUUUGGGACUCUUAUUAUUAUAUAGCCUUAACUGAGAGAUUUCAGCAGUAGAAGAAUAUUUUUGCCAACUGAAA